UAUAUGAAUAUGCAUAGGGGAGUGAUGUAAUGCAACCUACAAAGAAGGGCUUGGAUGGACGCAGGUCGAGAGUGGUGGUGCUGAUGGUGCCAUUCCCGAUCCAAGGCCACCUCAACGCGUUGCUCAACUUCGCCCGCUCGCUAGCCGAGUGCGGCCUUCGCGUGGUCUUCGCGUGCUCAGACACCCACAUGCGGCAAGCCACGCAACGAGCAGAGGGUUGGGACCCUUUUGCCAUCGCCAACCUCUCCUUCCAUCUCCUUCCCCUCCCACAUCUCACCCCCGGACCCAGACUCCGCCCACAACUUCCCAGCGCACCUCCAGUCUAUCUUGGAUUCCACGCAGUACCUUCUCGGCCCCCUGGGCGACCCUGUCCGCUCGCUCGCUCGCUCGCCCGAAAUUACGGUCGUGUGGCUGUGGUGCAUGAUCCGCUCGUCUCUAUUGCUGCUGCUGCUGCUUCCAGGACCCCCAAUGCGGAGGCAUAUGGCUAUCGAUGUGUCAGUGCCUGUGGCUUAGUCCAUCUACUUGGGCAUGGCGAGAGCUUGAGGGUUCUGCCCCCCAGUUCACUUUGUGUCUAUGAGGGCUUUGCGGCCUCCAUUGCACGUAGGCAGCAGCCCCUGAAAUUUGAUCAGGGAAUCCUGUACAACACUUUUGAAGCGAUCGAAGGUCAAUUUCUACAGCAGCUGCCGCAUAAAGCAUGGGCAGUCGGCCCCAUCCUACCUCUCAGCCCACGCCCUCAAGAGCAAGAAAGACAACAUGGCUGCAUACAGUGGCUGGACAAGCAGGCAGAGGAAUCGGUAUUGUAUGUCUCGUUCGGGACGAUAUCAUCGCUAUCAGCACCGCAGGUGAGAGCACUCGCGGAGGGGCUCGAGGCCAGUGGGCAGCCCUUCCUUUGGGUGCUCAGGCAUGCCGACAAGGGUGACAUAUUAGCCAUGGACGAUUCUGAAGAGCCACGAAGUCUGCCGGACUGCUUUGAGGAGAGGGUGAAGGGGAGAGGAUUCAUUGUGAGGGACUGGGCUCCACAGCUCCAGAUACUGGGUCACUCAUCGACGGCCGGGUUCCUGAGCCACUGUGGGUGGAACUCGUGCAUGGAAAGCAUCUUUAUGGGUGUACCGAUUGCGACCUGGCCGAUGCACUCAGACCAACCGGCAAACUCGCAUCUCGUGACUAAAAUUCUCGGGAUGGGAGUGGCGGUGAGGGAGUUGAAUGAGGGGGACGGAUUCGUGAUUGCGGAGGCGGUGGAGAGAGCAGUGAGGAGUCUAAUGGCGUCGGAAGAGGGGUCAGAGGUGAGAGAGAAGGCGUUGAGGCUGAGGGAUUCUGCCCGACAGGCGGAGGGCGGAACAUCCCAUACCGCCCUCAACUCCUUUCUCGCCCUCAUUUCUAGGCCUUAA